AUGGCGCCCCUACCCAUCAAGUUCGAGGAGCUCGUCCAGCUCGGCAGUGUGGGCGUGGACGCGCAAUCCAUUGGCUUCAACUCCUGCACUCUCGAAUCCGACUCAUACAUCUGCAUCCGAGAACAAAAGAGCGAAGGCGCCCAACCAGAAGUCGUCAUUGUCGAGCUCAAGAACGGCAACAAUGUCACACGCCGGCCCAUCAAGGCCGACAGUGCCAUCAUGCACUGGAAUAAGCAAAUCAUUGCCCUCAAGGCGCAGUCGAGGACGCUGCAGAUCUUCGACCUUGAGCAGAAGAAGAAGCUCAAGUCCUGCACAAUGAACGAGGAUGUCCAGUUCUGGAGAUGGGUCAGCGACAGCACUCUCGGCCUCGUCACCACUACCAGUGUAUACCACUGGGACAUCACCGAUGCCGGCCAGGAUAGCCCCGUCAAGGUCUUUGAGCGCAAUGCCAACCUCAACGGCUGCCAGAUCAUCAACUACCGCGUUAACAGCGACGGCAAGUGGAUGGUCGUCGUCGGCAUCUCCCAGCAACAGGGCCGUGUCGUCGGCGCCAUGCAGCUCUACUCCAAGGACCGUGGUAUCAGCCAGGCCAUCGAGGGCCAUGCCGCUUCCUUCGGCACCCUUCGCCUCGAGGGCGCUCCUCAAGAUACUAAGCUCUUUAGCUUUGCUGUGCGCACUGCCACUGGUGCCAAGCUCCACGUUGUCGAGGUCGACCACGCCGAAUCGAACCCCGUCUUCCAGAAAAAGGCCGUCGACAUCUUCUUCCCUCCCGAGGCCAACAACGACUUUCCCGUCGCCCUUCAGGUCUCCCAAAAGUACGGCGUCGUUUACAUGGUCACAAAGUAUGGCUUUAUCCACCUCUACGACCUUGAAACGGCCACUCUCAUCUUCAUGAACCGCAUUUCGAGCGAAACCAUCUUUACCACGUGCGCGGACAGUGUCUCGGCCGGUCUCGUGGGUAUCAACCGCAAGGGUCAGGUGCUUUCGGUAACCGUCGACGAGACCACCGUCAUCCCUUAUCUUCUGGAGAAUCCCGCCAAUACCGAGAUUGCCAUCAAGCUGGCUUCGCGAGCUGGUCUGCCUGGUGCCGACAACCUCUACGCUAGACAGUUUGACCAGCUCUUCAAUGCUGGCAGCUACCAGGAGGCCGCCAAGAUUGCCGCCAACUCGCCCCGAGGCUUCCUGAGAACCGCCGAGACCAUCGAAAAGUUCAAGCGCCUUCCUACUCAGCCCGGCCAGAUGGCCUUCACUCUCCAGUACUUCGGUAUGCUACUCGACAAGGGCACCCUUAACGAACACGAGACUAUCGAGCUUGCGCAACCCGUGCUGCAGCAGAACCGUAAACAUCUUCUCGAAAAGUGGCUUGGUGAGAACAAGCUGGACUGCUCCGAGCGACUCGGUGACCUGGUUCGCCCAUACGACGUCAACAUGGCCUUGACCAUCUAUCUCAAGGCCAAUGUGCCUCAGAAGGUCGUCGCUGGAUUCGCCGAGACUGGACAAUUUGACAAGAUCCUGCCCUACUCUGCUCAGACUGGCUACAAGCCCGACUACAUCCAGCUGCUUCAGCACAUCAUCCGUGUCAACCCCGAGAAGGGUGCCGAGUUUGCCACUUCCCUCGCCAACAGCGAACAAGGCCCUCUUGUCGACUUUGAGCGCGUCUGCGACAUCUUCCAGUCCCAGGGCAUGGUCCAGCAGGCCACGGCUUUCCUUCUUGAUGCCCUCAAGGAUAACAAGCCCGAGCACGCUCGUCUUCAGACCAGACUUCUGGAGAUGAACCUGAUGCACGCGCCUCAGGUCGCCGAGGCCAUCCUGGGCAACGACAUGUUCACCCACUUCGACAAGGGCCGUAUUGCCCAGCUCUGCGAGCAAGCUGGCCUUCCCCAGAAGGCUCUGGAGCUCUACGAGGACCCCGAAGCCAUCAAGCGCGUCGUUGUAAAUAUCCCGGGCAGCCCCAACUUCAACCCCGAGUGGCUCUCCGGCUUUUUCGGCAAGCUUUCUGUUGAGCAGUCUCUGGACUGCCUUGACGCCAUGAUGAAGGCCAACAUCCGUCAGAACCUGCAGUCCGUUGUCAACAUCGCAACCAAGUACUCUGAGCUUCUUGGGCCUGUUCGUCUCAUUGAUCUCUUUGAGAAGUACAAGACUUCGGAAGGUCUUUUCUACUACCUGGGCAGCAUUGUCAACUUGUCCGAGGAUCCCGAUGUGCACUUCAAGUACAUCGAGGCUGCCACCAAGAUGGGGCAGUUCAACGAGGUUGAGCGCAUCUGCCGUGACAGCAACAGCUACAACCCCGAGAAGGUGAAGAACUUCCUCAAGGAGGCUAAGCUUCCCGAGCAGCUUCCUCUCAUUAUCGUCUGCGACCGAUUCAACUUUGUCCACGACCUUAUCCUGUUCCUUUACCAGAACAAGCAGUUCCAGGCUAUUGAGGCCUACGUUCAGCGUGUCAACCCCUCGCGUACCCCCGCUGUUGUUGGUGGUCUGCUCGAUGUCGACUGCGAAGAAAGCAUCAUCAAGCAGCUCCUCAGCACUGUCAAUGCUCAGGAGAUUAGCAUUGACGAGCUCGUCGCCGAAGUCGAGUCUCGCAACCGCCUCAAGCUCCUCCUGCCUUUCCUCGAGGCCACCCUCCAGGCUGGCAACCAGCAGCAGGCUGUCUUCAACGCUCUCGCCAAGAUCUACAUCGAUUCCAAUAACAACCCUGAAAAGUUCCUGAAGGAGAACGACCAGUAUGACACACUCACCGUUGGUAAAUACUGUGAGAAGCGCGAUCCCAACCUCGCCUACAUUGCCUACUCCAAGGGCCAGAACGACCUCGAGCUCGUCAACAUCACCAACGAAAACUCCAUGUACCGCGCCCAGGCUCGCUACUUGCUCGAGCGCUCCGACGGCGAGCUGUGGAACUUUGUCCUCAGCGAGAACAACAUUCACCGACGCUCUGUUGUUGACCAGGUUACCGCUACUGCUGUCCCUGAGUCUACUGACCCUGCCAAGGUUUCCGUUGCUGUUUCUGCUCUGCUUGAAAACGACUUGCCUCUUGAGCUCAUUGAACUCCUCGAGAAGAUUGUCCUUGAGCCUUCUCCCUUCAGCGACAACCAGAACCUUCAGAACCUUCUUCUGUUCACCGCUGCCAAGGCCGACAAAGGCCGUGUCAUGGACUAUAUUCACAAGCUUGACGGCUACAACGCUGAUGAGAUCGCCACCUCUUGCAUUGACGUUGGUCUCCACGAAGAGGCUUUCGAGAUUUACAAGAAGGCCGACAACAAGGCUGCCGCUGUCAACGUUCUCGUCGAGCACGUCGUGAGCAUUGACCGUGCCCAGGCUUAUGCCGAGGAGGUCGACCUGCCUGACGUUUGGAGCAAGGUCGCCAAGUCGCAGCUCGACGGUCUCCGUGUCACCGAUGGUAUUGAUUCUUACAUCAAGGCCGAGGACCCCUCCAACCACAACGAAGUCAUUGAGAUUGCCACCCACGCUGGCAAGAAUGAGGACCUCGUCCGCUACCUCCGCAUGGCUCGCAAGACUCUGCGCGAGCCUGCUAUUGACACUGCGCUCGCCUUCUCGUACGCCCGUCUUGACCAGCUGUCGGAACUCGAGGACUUCCUGCACGCCACCAACGUCGCCAACAUUGAGGAGUCUGGUGAUAAAGCCUACGAGGAGGGUCUCUACGAGGCUUCCAAGAUCUUUUUCAGCAGCAUCUCGAACUGGGCCAAGCUCGCCACCACUCUCGUUCACCUCGAGGACUACCAGGCUGCGGUUGACUGCGCCCGCAAGGCUAACAAUAUCAAGGUCUGGAAGCAGGUGCACGGCGCUUGCGUCAACAAGAAGGAGUUCCGCCUGGCCCAGAUCUGCGGUCUGAACCUUAUUGUCGAUGCUGAGCAGCUGCAAGAGCUUGUCAAAGAUUACGAGAACAACGGCUACUUCGAUGAGCUCAUUAGCCUUCUCGAGCAAGGUCUUGGCCUCGAGCGUGCCCACAUGGGCAUGUUCACCGAGCUUGGUAUUGCCUUGUCCAAGUACCACCCCGAGCGUCUUAUGGAGCACAUCAAGAUCUUCUGGUCUAGAAUGAACAUGCCUAAGAUGAUCCGCGCGUGCGAGGAAGCCAACCUGUGGCCCGAGCUGGUCUUCUGCUACUACCACUAUGACGAAUUUGACAACGCUGCUCUUGCCGUCAUUGAGCGCCCUGAGAACUCUUGGGACCACCAGCAGUUCAAGGAGAUCGUUGUCAAGGUUGCCAACCUGGAGAUCUACUACCGUGCCAUUAAGUUUUACGUCGAGCAGCACCCCUCGCUGCUCACGGACCUUCUUGCUGCCCUGACUACCCGUGUUGAUGUCAACCGCGUUGUCAAGAUGUUCCAGAAGAACGACAGUCUGCCGCUUAUCAAGCCCUUCCUACUUAACGUGCAGAGCCAGAACAAGCGGACUGUCAACGAGGCUGUCAACGACCUACUCAUUGAGGAGGAGGACUACAAGACGCUCCGUGACUCAGUCCAGAAUUACGACAACUACGAUGCCGUUGAACUGGCUGGCCGCCUCGAGAAGCACGACCUCAUCUUCUUCCGCCAGAUUGCCGCCAACAUUUACCGCAAAAACAAGCGCUGGGAGAAAUCCAUUGCUCUCUCCAAGCAGGACAAGCUGUUCAAGGACGCUAUUGAGACUGCUGCCAUCUCCACCAAGUCCGACAUUGUUGAGGACCUUCUCCGCUACUUUGUCGACAUUGGUCACCGCGAGUGCUACACUGGCAUGCUGUAUUCUUGCAACGAUCUCAUUCGCCCUGAUGUUGUUCUCGAGCUGUCAUGGCGUAAUGGCCUCAACGACUUCACCAUGCCCUACAUGAUCAACAUGCUUGCCCAGCAGACCAAGGAGCUUGCUUUGCUCAAGGCCGACAACGAGGCCCGCAAGGCCAAGGAGCAAGCGCAGGAGAAGACGGAGGACAACACUCCCAUCCUGGGUGCUGGUCGCCUAAUGAUCACUGCCGCCCCUGGCGGUGCUGCCUCACCUGCUCCCGGCUACGGCCAGGCGAACGGUUUCGCUCCCCAGCCUACCGGUUACGGAUUCUAG